AUGUCAAUGGCGAUCAACGACAGCGAGCAAGCGGACCCGAGGGACGAGACCCUGGCCCGGGUAGAGAUUACUCUGCUUGCCAUCAUCUUCGCCAGCGCAGCCGUCCUAAACGGCGUCCUGCUCCUGGUACUGUGGCGGCAGCGCAAGCACAUGAGCCGGAUGCGCGUCUUUGUCUUCCACCUCGCCUUGGCCGACCUGGUGGUCACUUUCUUCCAGGUGUGCCCACAGCUCAUGUGGGACAUCACGGACAGGUUCAUCGGACCGGAUCUGGUGUGCCGCCUGGUGAAGUACCUGCAGGUUUUGGGCAUGUUCUCGUCCACCUACAUGAUCGUGGCCAUGACGGUGGACCGGUACCAGGCGGUGUGCAACCCCAUGGUCAAGUUCCAGCAGACGCACAGGCGCGUGAACGCGGCCGUGUGCGCGGCUUGGGGGGUUUCUCUGGUGGGCAGCCUGCCUCAGGUGUUCAUUUUCUCCCGGGUGGAGGUGGCGCCCGGCGUGUUCGAUUGCUGGGCCAAGUUCGUUCAGCCGUGGGGGCUUAAGACCUACAUAACUUGGACCACCGCGGUCAUUUUCAUAGUGCCCGUCACCACGCUCGUCUUCUGCCAAGUGCGCAUCUGCAGGGCUAUCCAACAGAAUCUGCACCGGAGGGCGCGGCGCGGCGUGGCCGGCCCGCUGCCCCCCAGGGCCAGCGGCGUGGCCGGCAUGUCCAAAGCGAGGGUGAAGACCCUCAAGAUGACCGUGGUCAUCGUGCUGGCAUACGUAGUAUGCUGGUCUCCCUUCUUCACCGUCCAACUCUGGUCCGCUUGGGACCCGAAUGCACCUAAAGAGACUGCCACUUUCACCAUCCUGAUGUUGCUGGCCAGUCUCAACAGCUGCGCCAACCCCCUCAUUUAUCUCCUCUUUAGCGGUCCGCUUCCUCGGCGUCUCCUAAAGCCGGCGUUCCAGAGGUGCUCCUUCGCCAAGGACUCCACGCAUGAUGAGGCCACACUUGUCAGCGCUUUCUACACCAGUUUGAAAAAUUUUACCAAUGAAAAGUGA